UCUCCGGAGCCGAGCCGUAACCUUCCCAUCCCUCGAGCUGCAGUUCCAGCCGCGGCAGCGAGAACCGCAGAGUGGGGAGCGCGGCGGCGCGAGCAGCCUGGGCGGGUCGCGGGGUCUCCGGGCGCCGGAAGGCGAGCAGAGAUAGCCUCUGAGAGGCACACAAAGAACGUUCAGGAAGAAAGGAGGAAUGACGCUGAAUACAGUGCAGUGAACAAAAGGAGCUUCAAGGAGAGGCGCCCCGCUGCCCAGAGCCUGGACCGUGUCUCAGAAUGAGAACUUACCGGUACUUCUUGCUACUCUUUUGGGUUGGUCAGCCCUACCCAACUUUCUCAACUCCAUUAUCUAAGAGGACUAGUGGUUUCCCAGCAAAGAAAAGGGCCCUGGAGCUCUCUGGAAACAGCAGGCAUGAGCUGAACCGUUCGAAAAGGAGCUGGAUGUGGAAUCAGUUCUUUCUCCUGGAGGAAUACACGGGAUCCGGUAAUCAGUAUGUGGGCAAGUUACAUUCAGACCAGGAUAAAGGAGAUGGAUCACUUAAAUAUAUCCUUUCAGGAGAUGGAGCAGGAGAUCUCUUCAUUAUCAAUGAAAACACAGGGGAUAUACAAGCCACCAGAAGGUUAGACAGGGAAGAAAAACCUACUUACAUCCUUCGAGCUCAAGCUGUAAACAAAAAGACAGGGAUUCCUGUAGAGCCAGAGUCUGAAUUCGUCAUCAAGAUCCAUGAUAUCAACGACAACGAACCAAUCUUCACCAAGGAGGUCUACACAGCCACCGUUCCAGAAAUGUCUGACGUGGGCACAGUUGUUGUCCAAGUCACUGCCACCGAUGCUGAUGACCCAACAUACGGGAACAGUGCUAAAGUUGUCUACAGCAUCCUGCAGGGGCAGCCCUAUUUCUCAGUUGAAUCGGAAACAGGUAUCAUCAAGACAGCUUUAUUCAACAUGGAUCGAGAAAACAAGGAGCAGUACCAAGUGGUGAUUCAAGCCAAGGACAUGGCCGGCCAGAUGGGGGGAUUAUCUGGGACCACCACAGUGAACAUCACACUGACCGAUGUCAACGACAAUCCUCCCCGGUUUCCCCAGAGUACAUACCAGUUUACCACCCCUGAGUCUUCUCCACCGGGUACAUCAAUUGGCAGGAUCAAAGCCACCGACGCCGACGUGGGAGAAAAUGCUGCGAUUCAGUACAGCAUUACCGAGGGGGAGGGGCUGGACAUGUUUGAUGUCAUCACUGACCAGGACACCCAGGAGGGGAUUAUCACUGUCAAAAAGCUGCUGGACUUUGAAAAGAAGAAAGUGUACACCCUCAAAGUGGAAGCCUCCAACCCUCACGUUGAACCCCGCUUUCUCUACCUGGGUCCAUUCAAAGACUCAGCCAUGGUGAGAAUUAUGGUGGAAGAUGUAGAUGAGCCGCCUGUCUUCAGCAAAUUAGCCUACACCUUGCAAAUAAGAGAAGACGCUCAGAUAAACACGGCAAUAGGCUCGGUCACAGCCCAAGACCCAGAUGCUGCCCGGAACCCUGUCAGGUAUUCUGUCGAUCGACACACAGAUCUGGACAGAAUAUUCAACAUUCAUUCUGGAAAUGGUUCCGUUUUUACAUCGAAACUUCUUGACCGAGAAACAUUGCUGUGGCACAACAUUACAGUGAUAGCAACGGAGAUCAAUAAUCCAAAGCAGAGCAGCCGAGUACCUCUCUAUAUUAAAGUUCUAGAUGUCAAUGACAACGCCCCAGAAUUUGCUGAAUUCUAUGAAACCUUUGUCUGUGAAAAGGCAAAAGCAGAUCAGUUGAUUCAGACCCUCCGAGCUGUUGACAAGGAUGACCCUCAGAGCGGGCACCAAUUCUCCUUCUAUUUGGCCCCGGAAGCAGCCAGUGGCUCCAACUUUACCAUCCAUGACAACAAAGACAACACAGCGGGAAUCUUAACGCGGAAAAAUGGUUACAAUAGACACGAGAUGAGCACCUAUCUCCUGCCUGUGGUCAUUUCAGACAACGACCACCCAGUGCAAAGCAGCACGGGGACAGUGACUGUCCGGGUCUGUGCAUGUGACCACCAUGGGAACAUGCAGUCCUGCCACGCGGAGGCCCUCGUCCACCCCACGGGCCUGAGCACGGGGGCUCUGGUGGCCAUCCUGCUAUGCAUCGUGAUCCUACUAGUGACCGUGGCGCUGUUCGCAGCUCUGCGGCGGCAGCGGAAAAAGGAGCCCCUGAUCAUUUCCAAAGAGGACAUCAGAGACAAUGUUGUCAGUUACAACGACGAGGGGGGCGGCGAGGAGGACACCCAGGCCUUCGAUAUCGGCACCCUGCGGAACCCCGAGGCCAUCGAGGACAGCAAAUUGCGCCGGGACAUUGUGCCCGAAGCCCUUUUCCUACCCCGACGGACUCCGGCUGCCCGAGACAACACCGACGUCCGCGAUUUCAUUAACCAAAGGUUGAAGGAAAAUGACACGGACCCCACGGCCCCGCCCUACGACUCCUUGGCCACCUACGCCUACGAGGGCACCGGCUCGGUGGCCGACUCCCUGAGCUCGCUGGAGUCCGUGACCACGGAUGGAGACCAGGACUACGAUUACCUUAGUGACUGGGGCCCUCGCUUCAAAAAGCUCGCAGACCUGUACGGAGGGGCCGACAGCGACAAGGACUCCUAAUCCGUUGCCUUUUCCAUUGGAGGGUAGGAUGCUGAACUGUGUGACCUGGCUGUUUCUUCCCAGGGACCCGCUGCUCCCUGGAGGGUGCCCUGUCCCGCCCGGUUCAACAAGUCCAUGGCUGCAGGCGUGUGGCUCCGAUGGCAGAGACCCUUUUCUAGUACACUUUUAUGAGCUUCCAAGAGGCAAAUGUUUAUUUUUUAGUGCAUCCAGUUAACCACGUCGGCCCCGCAGGCGCCGUGCUGGAGGAGAGGAUGGAGAGCAGGACGUGCCCCCGCGUCCCCUGGGGGAAGUUUGGACCAUGUUCAUCCCACCGGCCUGGCCUUUUGUACUCCACCCGUCGACUCAGGUCAGCUGACUGCUCUGACUCCACCUUUCGAUGCUAACGGGAUGAAGGACUGUUCUUUAAGGAUAAAAUAUAGUUUUAGUAAAAGAAAUAAGGGAGGAACGACCGUGAAGUAGUUCCCGGUAUAUCAGCUCACAAGGAGACAACGAACUAUAUAUAUAUGGGUGUGUAUUUCUGUCGCAAUGAAUUUAAGAUGACAUUUGCCCAUCCUGUUUGUUCUUCAAGAACUUUUUCUGACACCUGUGACUAUUCUAAGCAUGAUAUCCACCAAUGUUUUGAGAUUCUCAUUCCUCUGAAGGAAUAGGAGCAAAUUAAAUAGCGACAUUCAAAAACAACCAAAAAAAUAAAAAUAAGUAAGACCUCAUUCCUUACCACUAACUCAUAAUUUGUUAUAUAUUAGCCAUGUAAAAGUUUGCCCUUGUACCAUAGAAGGGAAAAUUGAAAAUAGCUAAUAAUAUUAACAAAGGAGAUAUUUAGCAUAUUUUAAAAUCUGGGCCACCAAAUGUACCACAGAUCACUUGAAUUUUUUCCAACCGUCAGUAGGUUAAUUACAAGUAAGUCUAAUUGUUUAAAAAGUUCUUGAAGGAACUUUUCUGAGAUAAAUUUUAACUUCUUGUCUGUAGUUGUUGUCAGUAUUAUCCUAAUAUAUACUUGAAAGUAGCAGUGUGAGGUACAAUAAUUCAUGUUCUCCAGAUACGUCUUACUAAAUUAAGUUGCAUUAGUAAAGGUAGAUUAAAUAAAACUUAAAUCCCACUCUCAGAGUUUAAUGGGGUGGUAAGAGCUAGUCACACUUGAACCUGACACCCUGUCCUUCACAUCCAGAAACACCUAUAUAUUUAUAUAACGUGAUAGAUGUAGAUGAACGUUGAAAUCAUGGUGAAAACCUACAUAUGACAUGCUUGGAAAAUGCUUACAAAGGGAAAAGUUGGAUUCCCUACAACAAGAGUGUUUAAGAUUAUAAUUAAAAUGAUAGUUGGCUUUCAAAAGCAUUAAUAUUUUUUCAUUGUUUUUAACUUUAUUUCCAUGGCAACUCUGCUCUCUUUGUCUUUGAACAAUGAUAAAGUAAUGGUCUCAAAUGAUGACAGAAGAUAAUGUACAAUCCAUCCAAAUCUAUUAUUUCUCUAAUUAUGCAAUUAGCAUCAUAGUUAUUAUCCAGAAGACCUAACCGAACUGAACUAUUCCUUUUGGCAGGUUCAAAUCAUUUAUUUCAUGUGGCUGUUCUAAUGACUUUUAUCAUUAGAAUCUUCAUGGGCAGUCAUCAAAAAUUUCCAAAGUACUGUAAUAAAAACAUCCUUAUUUUGAAAGCUUAAAAACAAAACAGGCUCUGUAUAUAUAUAUAUAUAUAUAUAUACACAUAUAUCUUAAGAAUAUGCUGACUUCAAUUAUUAAUCUUAGAGAUUUAUUUUCAAUUAAUGCUAAUUUUCUACAGAUAACCUUAGUGUCAUAUCCAUUUGGGGAUAAUGUCAUAUCAGCACAUAAUUUUUAUUUGGAAACACACUGUCAUUUAGUUAAGUUUUAAAUAGAGAUAUUACCCAGGAAGUAAAGAUGGCACCUUUAAAAUUAGAGAAUUGUAGUGUUUUGGAUUACCCAUUUAGAGGGAAAAUUUUUUACAACCAUGUUAUUCCUUGUGUUUCCUGAAUGUUUUCCUAUUUUGUAAAGUACUUCCCUGUAUACUAACAAGUAUUUCACGCUUAGGUUAUUUCCUGCUUUUAUGGUUUUCUUUUCCUAGUUACACACACAUAGGGAUGCAAACAAAAUACUACAGGAGGGUUUCCUUGUAAUGAAGUGACACAUAUCAUAGUCAUAGGUAAGCACUGGGAAAAAGGUAGCUUAGUAAAGUUAAUAAGAAUUAGUUAUCUAUAGCAAUAGACCAGCACCUUAAUCACAUGACUUACUGUAAAAUUAAAGAGUUCCUAUCAUAAUGUUUUAUGUCAUGUAACAAAUUGAAUCAAGAAAGUUCUAUAAAAAGAAACCUAUCAGCAGAAGUCUUUCUUUUGAACUUUUGGCAUUAAUUGGAAAGUCUGAGGGCUGACACUAGCAACUUCCAAUAUUGAAGGGUAAGGUUUACUCUUUCCUCAUAAGUGAGAGUCUUUGAGAUGUAAUUGGCCAGAUAUUUUAUCCCAUCCUAAAGAUGAUACAGUCAGUGUACCAAGAUCAGGUGAAUAUGACUAAAUAUUGAAAUAACUAUUUAAUCUCUUACCACAGAAGCUGAUGAUGAAGUGAAUGUCUAAGAAAUUGGAUAAUUUGAGACUGGAGCUGAAUAUUUAGCAGUAGGGUCCUGUUAGCAUCAAGGCAGAGUACUAUUAUCCUACCAUUAAGACUCUUUGACAUCAUGGAAACAAUAAGAAUCACCAUUCCAUUAUUUCACCCAGGUCUAACUUCCUUCCCACCAAAGCAUCAGGUCAAGGACCAGGGGCAACACAACUGAUCACUGGAGAAAGAAAAUUAAGAUUUUUCAGCUCACUUUUCACAUUGUCUCUGUCCUGAUAUUAGAUGUUGGUGAUGAGAAGUAUGAAAGUAGAAAGAGAUAAAAUUUUAAUAUUUGCUUUAAUUACUAAGAAACUAAAAUUCAGUUAAUAUAAGCAGGUUGCUUUUAUGGGUUGUUUCAGGAACUUUGAGGUCUUUCUGAGCCCCCCACCCCCAAGAAUUUCUUUAAACCACAAAGAUGUUCACUGGAGUAAGCUGACAGUUUAAAUACAUUCAGCCAUUGUGCAUACAUUUAAAGCCCCUUCACUUCAUGGCCACUUCCUCCUGAAAGGCUUAGAAUAUAUUUGUCCCCAAAUAAAAAAACUAAAUCUAAUGGGGGAGAAGAAAAGAUGGCUCCAUAGAACCAUAAGAGAGGGGAUCUAGGCACAGUAAAUAUUUUUUUUACAGAGCUUUUUUUAGCUUUACAGUUUAGGUGCUUAAAGGGAGGUUCAGAUUUAAAUUGAUUUUAUUUUCUUUUUUGUUUGCUUGUUUUUUAUAUGUUUUUUUAUUGAUUUCAGAGAGGAAGGGAGAGAAAGAUAGAAAUAUCAAUGAUGAGAGAGAAUCAUUGAUUGACUGCCUC